CCUGACAACACGUUCUUUCUUCACUCAUUACUGACACUUCAUUUGUGUUGAUGUUAUGCAAUCAUGAUAUCAAAAGCACUAAAGAUGAUAAUAAUGGGACCCCCUGGUUCUGGGAAGGGCACUAUUUCACAUAGGAUUGUAAAAGAUUUUGGCAUGACCCAUAUAUCCAGUGGUGAUUUGCUAAGAAAACAGAUCCAUGAUAAAACAGUUGCUGGUCUUGCUGCUAAAAAAUUCAUUGAUCAAGGUCAGUUGGUGCCAGAUGACGUUAUGGUGGAAUUGAUUGUGAAUGAAUUGCAACCAAUCAAGAGUCCUAACUGGUUGCUUGAUGGAUUUCCACGAACAGUGCCGCAAGCUAUGGCUCUGUUUAAGAAGGAACCUGUUGAUGUUGUUAUCAACCUAAAUGUCCCCUUUGAUGUUAUCAUCCAUAGAAUAGAAGGAAGGUGGACACACAUGGGCAGUGGUAGAAUAUACCACACAGAAUUUAAUCCUCCCAAAGUUAAGGGUUUUGACGAUGAGACUGGAGAGCCACUGAUACAACGAGAUGAUGACAAACCAGAGACUGUGAAGAAUAGGCUGCAGCAGUACCAGAAUCUCACUGAGCCAGUUUUAAAGCACUUUGAUAAGCUGGGACUUCUGAAGGAAUUCACGGGGAAGUAUUCCAAUGAAAUCUGGCCACGAGUGCAUGAAUUUCUAGCAACAAAAACAGUACCCCAUCAAUUCACACAUUAUGAUUAGUACUUAGUAAACAGGUUGCCACAGGUGUGUGUGUGUGUGUGAGUCUGUUGUAAGUGUGUCGAGUGUGCACGUGUUUGUGAAAAUCUAUGUAUUACCAAUUUUGUUGCCAAAUAACCUUUAAUUUAACACACGAGUAAUAAUACUUUCGCAUUUGACACAUUGACUAAUAACACUAAUAAUUAUUUUUUAUUUUGUGGUCUCAAACAGAAUUGAUUUAUUUAAAUGUGUUGGUUUUGGCCUCCACCCCUCCAUUUUAAGCAAAUGUUACCAACUUUAUCACCCUGUAAAGUUAUUAGUUUCAUUGGUAAUUUAGUGGUUUUUUGUAAGUGCCUUAUUUACAAAUAUUAAUUUUAAAUUGACAUUCUACGAUUUGAAUUCCAUAUAUAUUUUAUCUGAUAUGAUAAAUUAUUAGAGAACCUUGGUAUUCUGCACCAAUAGAAUAUUUUUGGAAGUGUUUUAGUUGUAGUAAGCUUUCUAUGUGAUUAACUUAAUGCAUAAUAAUCACUAUGCAUAUAAUUUAAUAUAUAUUGAUUAACUUAAUGCAUAAUAAUCACUAUGCAUAUAAUUUAAAAUAUAUAUAUACAUUCAUAUAAUCAUGUAUUAACAAUGUUAAUUUAAAUUCUUAAAUUUUGUUGUUAAUUUGUUGGUGCUAAAUUACAGUACUGUAAUCAUAAUCAGGUAAUGUUUUUUAUUAUUAUUUUUUACAUUACAUUCCUCUUUCAAUAUUCUUUUUUCCCUGUAUGUUUUUGUUUUUUAUGAUCAAAAUAAACCAGAUAUUGACAAAUGACCAAACUUUAUAUUCAGUCUUUUUUCUCUGGUUUUAUUAAAAAAUGUUUACAUUAUUUAUAAAUAGGCCUACAGAACUGAUCCAAUAAUAAAAUGGCUACAGUGGUAUCACCAUUUUGAAUAGAUUUCAGUUCAUCUUACUUUAAUUCAGGAGAAAUAAUUCUUUGGUGACAGAAUAACCAGAUUCUUGAGGGGGAGGGGUGUGUGUGCGUUUGUGUUUAAAUAACAUAAUAUGCUAAAUAAAAUACUUUUAAAAUUUGCUAUAUAUACUGAUAUGUCGAUGUACAAUAUCUUUUUAUUUUCUGUGGUGUAAGACAAUUUCACUAUUUUAUUAUUGGCAUUUUUAUACCAUUUUUUUAAAUUCUGUAUUAUUAAUUGAAUUGAACGCACAACAUCAUGAGGUGAACUUGACAAACCAAAGUUUUUCUAUAGUUUAUAAUUAUGCUAAUCAUAUUAAUCCCCCGGUUAUUAUAUCAUAAAGGUAUUGACAAAUUUAUUGUAUAUACACUAUUUUAUAGUGAUAGUGUUCCAUUGGAUGAGAGAUUAAAUAAUUGCAUUAAGCUAUAUUUAUACAAGGCUUAAUUGUGUUGUACAUAAUUGUAAUUUUAUCUGGUGUGUGUGUAUAUUUAUACCUGGCUUAAUAAUGUACACAAUUAUAAUUAUAUUGUGUGUGUGUGUGUGUGUGUGUGUGUGUGUGUGUGUGUGUGUGUGUGUGUAGUUGAAGUACAAUAGCAUCUGGCUAUGUUCCUGCCAACCUGUAUACAUGUACAGUUACCUAUAAACAAUAAUUAUUGUUUUUCUCUCUCCUUUACUGUUGGCAGACAUAGUUUAGUUUAGCAUUCCAUUCUACAGAGUGACAAAAUGUAGCUCAACGAUAAAGCACUCCCCUGAGGUGCAGUGGAUCACAAAAUCAAUCAAUCUCAAUGGACGCAGGUUUUUUCACCCCAUCCCAACUGAUGUCCCAUGAAUGACAUGUCGAAGGUCUUGGUAUGUACUGUCCUGUCUUUGGGAAAGUAAUAUAAAGAUAUCUUGCUGCUUUUUUGGUAGUACUGGUAGUCUGUGUGGCAGCAGCUGGUUUUCUCUUCUCCCCCCCCCCCCCCCCACCUCUAUAUUUCUCUCUUCUUCUUUUUUUAUAAACACUACUACAGCACAUUGAUUAAUCAGUUAUUAGAUGUUAAACAUGUAGUCAUCAGAGGAAAUCGCUAUAUUUUUGCAUAUACAUUUUCCAUGGUCAGGGCAGUACAUAAUGUAGCCUUUGAUAUACCAGUCAUGGGGCACUAGUUGGAAUGGUGGAAAAACUCAAUCAGAGAAUGGGUCCGCUAAAGCAAUACCGGCAAGAGCUAGAUCAUGCUCCAUCUCCGUGUUAAGAAUUGAAAUGGGGAGGGAUAUACCUCAUUUGGUAGAGCACUUGCCUGAGGUGCUUGGUUUGAAGAACUAUAUGUUAGACACCAAUUAGCCAUGGUUUAAAAUGUGCUGAGGUGUUUAAACAGAUUUCUUUCCCAUCUGAAAUCUUUAAGUUUUUGUGUUUAUGAACUGGGCCAAUUGGUUAUCUAAUUUUCAGUGUUUGGCAACACAUGGUACAAUUUUAAACACACUUUACCUUUAGUAAAAUCCAAGUUUGCAAAUAGUAGGAUAUUGUUAUCAAUAAAAUAUUAACUGCUUUCUGCAUUAUUCCAUAGUUAUAGUAACUGACCUAUUUUCAAUCUUCAUAGGUUGCAGGUAACAACACUAAUUUAAUUAAAAUCUUUUUAAACUAUAGGAAAUAUUCCUAAAAUGCUACAUUGACUGGUCCAGGUUUGCAAGGGGUCUGUUAAAGGAGUAAUGUAAAUCAGGAAAUAUUAAAGAGUAUAAAAUAGUAAAUCUAGCAUAACACUAAUAUUUCAUGAUACUAAGUGUAAUGGAGAAUGUAUGAGGUGUAGAUUCGUGAAAAAUAAUUCAUAAGUUCUAUAGGGGCGAGAUAAUUAUUUUUCACAAAUCUACACUUCCUAGUGCAUUCUCCAACAUAAUCCAUUAUUCGUUUUAAAAAAUUACGGGACUGCUAAAUAACUUCUAUUUUAUCUUUUUUAAUGAAAAUAUUGGUUAAAAUUGAAAAACAUAUUUACAAAACUAAUAACCCAAAAUGGUAGGAUCCUUUCGUACCUAACCUGAAUGAUUCGGCCAAGAAAACCUCAGCAGUGGAUAGCUGGCAUUUACAUGCUAAAAGUGUAAUCUCAGAUUUCUGAUUUCGUUUCCAACAAUCUUCGCAGUGUUCUGCCAGAAUAUAUUACUAUCACUAGUAUCAGGUUUAUAAGGCUUAAAUUACAUUUUCAUUUGAUGAUGCAGAUGCUUGGCCUUGUGGGCUAAAGCAUUGUACUUGUUUACAAUGAAUAUGUUCUGUCAGUAGUUGUUGAAUCCCUGACCUGAACUCAUAAAAAGUUCAGAUUGCAUUGUUUCACAGGUGUUGAUUCUUAAAAAAUAAUCUAUAUCUAGAAUAGUGUGACAUCACAGGUAUGGAUUAAAUUUACAGAGACCUACAAGUGACUGUUCUGGAAAAACUGUUGUGCAGUUAUUUUGUUGGUGAUAAACUGAACACACAUCAAUGGCUAUCUGAUAUUGAUGAUAACAAUAGUUAAUUAGCAUGCAUAUUACUGCAAUUUUUUUCUCAAUUUAAUUGUCUGUAAGCAGUAUAAUGUCAACAUAGAUAAAAAGUAUUAAGCUUUUUUUUUUUUUUUUAAAUGUCCCGAUAAUGCAGACAUCACAUAUUUGGAUUUUAAGAUUACUAAUAUUUUAUGAUUUACAGUACACAAGUGACUGGGUGAGCUGUAGCAUUAUUUCAGUUGUACUUUUUACUGAUUAUAACAAUUAUACAUUAAAAAAAAGUAUAUUAACUUACUGGGAAUACAAAUAAAUAUCACAUAUCUAUUAUAGUGAUCACAAUGUCAAAGUGUUUUUGCCAGAUUUGGCUUUUGUUUUUACUUUCUAGUGUUGUUAGUACACAAAUGUACAUACAAAAGUAGUGCUAAUAAAAUUUUAACCAUGACAUUUUGCACUGUAUGUGAUUACAGGAAUUCGAUAUUCUGCCAGUAACUGAUUACACACAUUUAUAUUUUGAGAGUAGCAGACUUGGCGGUUAGGCAUAUAAAUAUUUGUAUUUUUGUUCUUAAUACUGCAAUACACGACUUUUGGACUGUCAUUACCCCUAAUAAUAGUUUAUAUUAUACUUUUUAAAUAUUUUAACAAUGUUUAUAAAUUGCUACUGCUUUUGUACAAUCAACUCAAUGGUUGAACAUGCUUAAUACUAAUAAAUGCACAGUACCAGUCAUUAUUUGGGCACAAAACUGUAAUUAAUCCAUGUACAGUACAUAUUGCCAUGUUCUUGAAAAUAUGCCCGACACUUCAUGAAUAAUCUAUUUUAAGUUUGACAUUUCUAUUCCCUCAAACCCAGAUUGCUUUUUAAAAUAUUGUUAUAGAGCAGAGUUUAAAAACACAAAUUUAACACUGGCAACAUUUCCUCACUCUCUCUGCAUGCAUAUGGUAUAAUAUAACACAAUAAAAGUGUGCAAUCUAUUAUGGUACUAUUUCGACUAUACAAAUGUUUUUAAACAGGUGUGUUUGUAGAGCUUUAAUCAAAAAGUAUAUAGACAGCAGAUAGCUUAGUAAAUAGCUUAAUACAUUACUGUUUGUUUGGUUGUAGGUCAUUGGCAAUAAUGUGAUGGGUGGAUAGGCCAAAGCAGAAUAAAACGUGUCCCUUUGGUACAGACAUGAGGUACAUGCUCAGUAUGCUUUGGUUUUGUUACUGGAAGUUAAGAUCGUGACUGCUUGAUGAUUUGCACAGUGAUGCUUUUCAUAAUCUUUGAUACUAAUACUGAGAAUUCAUGAAUCUUCACAGAUGUAUGGCUCAAACUUGUUUGAAAGGACAUCAACAAGGGCAGACCCAGAAAGUAUUUUAGGGAGGGGACCAAGGGUACUUGGACCCCACUCCUGAAAAUAAAGGUUUGGCAUAAUUCUUUUAAAAAAAGAAGAGAUGUAUUUUGGGGGGGGGGGGGGGGGGGUUGCGGAUGGCCAAACCAAUUCCAACCUACCCAUAAAGUAAUUUAUCAAGUGUCUCCCACCCAGCAUUACCUUUGACAUUGGCCGGUUGUGUAUUGAAAAUACUAUUUCCAUUAUGAUUAAUAUUUUAUUUUAACCAGCAUUUAAUUAACAGUGACAGUGAUUAUCAGUAUUUAGGGUCUAUAUUUUAUUCAGGUUAAUUGACUUAUCCUAUGAUCAACAAAACUAUGUUGCUGUUAUUUGAGAAAUCUAUUUUACAAUGUUGAAUAAAUAAUCAGAUGUU